AUGGAACUGGCAUCUCUAAAUUUCGAUUUCACCGAGAUCUUUGACUCCUGGCCGAAAAUCCACCCAAAUCUUUAUUCCGCCGGAAAAGUAUCUCCGGUUAGUUAUUUCGAUGCAGAAGACUCAGAGGACUAUGCCGUCGUAGAUUCCAUCUUGAAAGACAACAAAUCUGAGUUUGUUUUCCACGCAAAACGACUCUUCGUCGGAGAUGACUUGGAGUCCGAGAGAAGCCAGGCUUUGAAGCUUCUCAACGCUUGCUGCGCUUACGAUUCUCUCAACUGCGCUUCCUCCGUCAUCAACGGCGAUAUCGGUUGGGUUCCGUACAUCAACGAUGUGGCUGCCGAUACGGGCCACUCGCCGUUGCAUACGGCGGCUGAGGCUAACUCGCCACGGUGUGUGGAGAUGCUGCUUAAACGACGCGCUCGUACGGAUAUCAGAAGCAAGGACGAACGAGCUUUGCUCCCUCUGGAGCUAUCUCUCUGUAACAUCAGCCUUGAUGUGACGUGGAAUCCCAGUGGUGACUCGAUUGGAGACUUGAUCCUUCUGCUUGGUGACAAGGUCAAACACUAG